CCCGGCCUGGCUCACCCUGCUCAUUGGCCCCCAAGUCAUCACUUCACUUCUCCAUUUCUUCACAUUGGGCCUGGGUGCCUCCUUCGGAGGUGGUGGCUAAUCGGGGCACGUUAAAAGGCGAGCUUCCCCCUCGCCGACCAGUAAGGAAGUCGCUCGCGCGCCCUGCAGCACCACUCCCCGGCACCCGGACAUGCGGCGCCACGCGCGGCCCCUAGGCAUGCUGGCAGCCGUGGCCAAGGGACUCUUCCUCCUCUGGGCCGUGCCAGCACGGAGCACGCAGCCCCCGACCCUGCAGCAGAUCCACGCACUGGUGCGGCACAUGGCCGAGGACGCGCGGGAGCUCUUCCUCUUCUACGAGCAGGACCAGCGCCUGGCCUUCAGCUGGCUGUGCCGCACCAACGCCUCGCUGGAGUGGCUGCGGGGGACGGUGGUGAUGGGGACCGGAGGGCUGCGGGCACUGCACGGGGCUAUGGCCCACAUGGACAGGGCGCUGCAGGGAAUCACCCAGCACCAGCGCGACCUCAACCCCCCCGGGGCCCCCAUCCUGCGCCGCCUUGACAGCACCCGCCUGAAGGUGCGGGGCCUCCUCAGCAACCUGGAGGGCGUCCUCCACGCCCACGGCAUCGUCCCCACCAUCCCCACCCUGCCCCGGCUGCCGGCGGCCACCAGAGUCUUCCAGCAGAAGGUGGAGGGGUGCCGGAUCCUCUGGAGCUACGCACGCUUCACGGAGCAGCUCAGCGCCCAGCUGGAGGAGCGAGGGCUGCGGGCGCGCCGGGAGGAGCAGAGGCAGCAGCGGCGAGGCCGGCGGCGAGGCCGGCGGCCAGCAAGGUCCUAGGGAGCCCCUGCCACCCCCACUGCUGUCACCCUAGCUGUCCCCAGCACCCUGGGGCUUGUGGUUGGAUGCGGAGAGCCUGGUGCAUGGCUGGCACUGGCACAGAUGUCCCCCAGGUGCCACCGUGUGUGGAGGCCAGCACCGGCCAGCAGGGUCACUCUGGGUUGGUGACGUCCCCCGUUGCCAGCCCUGCCUGAUUUUCCAGUGAUUCAAUGGGUCUGGUGACACGUCCUGACUAAGGGGCUGCUCGCACGGCACCCGCACGCCUGGCGCAGGCAGGGUGCAGCCCCAGACCGACAGUGGCCACUUGUGCCACCGGCAUGUCACCUGCGUGUCACCCCCUGCCUGCCUCUCGAGGGGUUCGCUGAACCCAGAGAGCAUCUGGGGGAGGCUUUUCUUGUGCCUGGUGUGUCCAUCAGCCUGGCAUCCCUGUGAGCUUGGUGUCCCCAUAAGCCUGGAGGCCCCAUGAGCCUAGUGUCCCUGUGCACUCAGUGUCCCUGCAAGCUUGGUGUCCUUACACCCUCAGUGUCCUUGUGAGCGCAGUGUCCCUGUGCUCAUCCCUGCACGCCUGGUGUCCGUGUGCCUAUCCCUGUGCCUCAUGUCCCUGCAUUGUGUCCCCACGCCCUCAGCAUCCCCGUGCCCACCCCUGGACCCUUGGUGUCCCCAGAGUCCCUGAGUCCCUCGGCAAGCCCUGCCUGUGCUGGGCAUGGGCUGGGGCUGUGGCCCCGCACUGUGCGGGUGGGCACCAGCCCCCCCAGUAACUUAUACGUGACAGUGGUGCAGCUCCCCUAUUUAUUAAAGCCAUCGGUUUAAUUUAAUAUGUCCCUGCUUUGGGGAGAAAUAUUUAAGGAUACAUUUUUUUAAUAUAUAAAUAUAUAUAUAUAUAUAUUUUUGUUAUUUUUUGUACUGUGUUAAACUGUAAAUGUAAUGAUGUUUUAUUUAUGAAUAUAAAUAUUAUUUUGUACUGGGAGAAGGGCACCAGGCCAUCCUGGCCAGGUGGUGCCCCCUUAUUUUUAUAUCACAGCAGACGGAAAUAAAGCAUUGACCUCGGCCUGUGGGCCGCUGCCUC